AUGCUACAACAAACUACCAGAGGAACAAGAAUGCUCGCGGGCGUGGCGGUCCGCGCCGCCACGCCUCGUGCGUCGCAGCGGUUUUUGUCGCGCAGCUGUGCGCUCCAAAUGCCCGCGGGGAAGAGCGACAUGACGCAGAAAGACAUGGAUGCGAACAAGAAGAAGCUGGACGAGCUUGAGAAGAAGUCGCACAACGGCGGCGCCUACAAGAGACCCUCUACGGACGAGCUGAAGAAGAAGGGCGAGGACGCGCAGGUCGAACAGCACAGGCCGGACGACGGCGUGUACUAA